AUGGCGGAGCAGCUUUCAGUGGUCACUGGACAGAAUAGCGAAGUGGAGUUUCCUUGCAGCGUGGUUUGGGCUCCAAUCCCAGUGGUGUCCCAUCUUUUUCCCAUGAUUGGGCACACAAUGAUCACUGACUCCAAGGGCAUGCUCUACGACUUUGCGGGUUUUCUUCCUGCUGGUGGGCGUUCGGGCGUCUGCCGCAAUGUUGGCAUUUUUGGACCUGGCGUGAGGGUUUUGAACAUCAAAGCGCAGUUGAAGGCCUCGGAAGAAGAGUUCCAGGAUGACUGGGACGAGGCAAUCUUGGCGGCCAACAAGCGCUUCGAACGACAGGUCCAUAUGGGAUGUAUCAACAACUGCCACAGCCACAUCGUCUUCGCUUUGAAUCGGCUCCGUUGCGCGGCUCUUCCCAGGUGGCUGCAGUGGAAUUCCAUCGUCCUGGCCAUGGCCAUACUGCUUGCAGGACGCUUUAUACCAGGAAGAGGUGCGCCGCGUUGCUGCUUUCGCGCAUGGUACUUCCUGUGGCCAGUGCUUGCUCUCUGGACGGGUUCCAGUUGA